AUGGCCCUGCUUCGCCUAGAAGUUCUUGCGUUUGUGUCCGCAUUGCUGCUUCAGGGUGUUUAUGUGCAAUUCUACGACAUCUUUGCUACCUCCUCUGGGCCUGCCAACAUCACGGCUUCAGCCGCAGAGGCAGAAGUAGCGGUGGAAGUUCGGGAAUUCCUUUCGGCUGAUUGUGAUGGGCCGCCUGCUCGCCUGUGGCACGUGGUGCCCUUCAACCCUGCUUGCAUGGCACUGCGGCCUCAGAUGCAAAAGCCGGGAAAGACAAGCCACGAAGCAUUGGCCUCUGCACCAAUGCUCUACGGGCGAGUUUCAUGUGACACUCUGCGCGAUGCAGAGGGAGGCUUCGUGGAGAUUUGCUCUGACGAAGACUGCAGCGAGGAUGGCUGCCAAAGAGUCUCUGUCGUUCCCGAGGGAGAGUGCGGCACCAGCUUCACAGGCUUUGCUGGGGCGUCCUGGCGGUGCAUCAAGAGCACAGAUAUCCCGAAGUGA